UAAAGUAUGUGGUUGGUACCUAGCUGCUUGCUAGGCAGGGAGAUGAAAAGUGAGAGUGGAGAGGGGAAACAGAGAAUCCAAAAUGUCAGCUUCCAUGCGGGAACAAUUUCGUGCUUCUGUCGAAAGAGUUUUAAAUAGUUGGACAGUUCUUAAAUUGGCAGUAAGCCAUGGUUUUGGUGGAGCUGAUAGCGAGGCCAAAGCAGAAUGGUUGGUGUUUGCUGUAGAUCAGUGGUUUGCAGAAAAUGCAAACAUUGACCCGUAUGAAGUCGAGGAUUUUCUGGAAGAUGUUCUGAACACAGAAUUUGAUACUAUAGUUGAUGAUGGAAGUCUUCCACAGAUUGCUCAGAUGAUAUGUGGGUUUUACAAGUUGUGUCAGGAUGGAAAUGAGGCCCAGUUGCAAGAGAGACUUGGCAAAUUGCCAAAACCAGCUGUACAGAACUGUCAGCAAGUAUCAGGGGCAAAUGGUGCUGUGGAUAGUGACAGUGAUGUAGAGGAUCCUGCAGAAAAUGGUAUCGACCCCGGCCCUCCACCUCUUGUUCAGCCGGCACAAUCUUCUACACCACCUGCUGCUAAUAAUGAAAAUCAAGAUUCUAUGGAAAUGGAAGUUACAGAAGACGAUGGCUGGACAACAGUUGGGAAGAAGGGAAAAAGAAGAUGACAUUGUUUGUUCACAGUUACAUUUUAAAUAAAUUAUAUACAAAUUA